AUGCCCCUCCGAAUCAUCAUCGUCGGCGCCGGCCUCAUCGGCCCUCGCCACGCCCAAUCCGUCCUCUCCAACCCAUCCACCGAGCUGUUGGCCCUCAUCGACCCAGCCAGCAGCGCAGCCCUCAUCGCCUCACAGCUGCAGACAAAUCACUUCCCCUCUAUUCCCGCCAUGCUAGCGGCCAUCCCCAAACCGGACGCCGCCAUCAUCUGCACCCCGAACCACACCCACGUCCCCAUCGCAACAGAGCUGCUCUCCCACGGCAUCCACAUCCUCACCGAGAAACCCCUCAGCGACAGCCUCGAAUCAGCCAAGUCGUUGCUAACUUUCGCCCGCCGCCCCGAAAACGCCCACCUGACUGUCCUGGUUGGCCACCACCGUCGCUUCAACCCGUAUGUUCGGAAAACCAAGGAGAUACUGGAUAGCAACUCCCUCGGUACCCCAAUCGCAGUCAACGGCCUCUGGACACUCUAUAAGCCUGAAUCCUACUUCGCCCCGCCAACGGACUGGCGUCGUGUCAGUCCCUCGGGGGGCGUAAUCCCCAUUAACCUCGUCCACGAUAUCGAUACACUGCAGUACCUCUUCGGCCCGAUUACCCGCGUCCACGCAGAGAAGACACCACCGCAACGAGGUAACCCGCCGCAUGAAGUCGAAGAAGGCGCAGCCCUGAUUCUGCGCUUUGCGUCUGGUGUUGUGGGCACGUUCCUCGUUUGUGAUGCGACGCCGUCUCCGUAUAACUUUGAGAUGGGGACGGGGGAGAACCCGCUCAUUCCUGGUCCACCCGGGGGAAGCGAGGGUGGUGGAGCGGACUUCUACCGGAUCUUUGGCUCCGAAGCGUGUCUUAGUGUGCCGGAUAUGACGCGGUGGAGUUAUGAUGGGCGGGCGGAGAAGAGUUGGACGGAGGAGUUGGUUGUGGAGAGGUUUGAGGUUGACCAAAAGGCUGCGCCGUUUGAUUUGCAGCUGGCGCAUUUUGUGGAGGUGAUUGCCGGGAGGGAGCGGCCGAGGUGUUCUGGGGAGGAUGGAUUACGGGCGUUGAUGGUUUGUGAGGGGGUGAGGAGGGCGUUGGAGACGGGGGAGGCGGUUGAAUUGCCUCGGGUAUAG